GGAUCCAUCAUUUAGUCAAAAGUAGCAGCUAAACCGGAACCAUGAAAACCUUCAACCAUUGUAAAAUAAUUGCACUGAUUUGUCUUCUGAAAUCAGUAAACGUCGUGGAAUCAGCGAAGUGCCAGUUUUCGUCACCACGAACCAUUAAGUGCGCCGACACUCAAAUCAGUGAAGCAAUCCCGGAAAUAAAUCAGAUAGCAAGUGAUUAUUCUCUGUCUGAGCUGGGUCAACUAACUUUCCAAGGAACCCAGUUCGACAAUGACCAGAUCCAAAGAGGUUGGUUAAGCAAUGUUGCCGUACCAGUAGUACAGUUGAAUAUAGAAAACUCCACCUUAUCAACAAUACAAUCGCGAUCGUUCAGCGGAAGCCCGUUUGGACCUUUGUUAGUUUUAAUCCUCACGGACACAAACAUUGACACUAUUACGAGUGGUACCUUCCAGGACAGCAAACUAACAAACAUUGGUAUAAGCUUCAACACUUUCCACCCCAUUUCUGUGGAAGAAAAUGCCUUUGGCUCCCUUCAAACCCUUCGAAGUUUGGGUCUACAAAAAUGUGUCACUCAUGACGCUGUGUUGAACAUGACUGGACCUAAUGCGGAAAUUCCGUCACUGAUUUCACUAACGUUGUCUUCCAACGAUAUAUCGGAGUUGUCUGGGUCUAGCUUCGCAGGAGUGAAAAAUCUGAAAGUGUUGUAUAUUUCGGGGUCAAAAAUUAAGAGUAUAGAACAAGGGGCUUUUGACCCUCCGAUGCUGGAGCGUUUGGAUAUAUCGUCCAACGAGUUGACCACCCUUCCUAAGAAUCUGUUUCGGUACGUGAGGGGCGGGAUUACUAUAGUCAACAACAAGUGGCAUUGUGACUGCGAUUUAGUUUGGUUGAAGGACAUGUUUCACUAUUAUCCUUACUAUUUUAGCCACAGGAGUUUCUUCUGUAGCACUCCGGAUGGAGACCUGCCCUACCAAGACGUCGAUUUUUGUCCAAACUAAGACGAUUUUGUAGUAAAUCGUUUGUACACAAAGAAAAUAAAUUGUUUUUGAAAUUAAAA